AUAUCAAAGAGCACGUGAAGCAGCUGGAGAAAGCCGUGUCGGGGAAGGAGCCGCGCUACGUCCUGCGCUUCUUCACCUCCAACAGCACCAUGCGGGAUUUCCUCCUCGGCUUCCUGGAGGAGUCCAUGGACACGGAAGCCGAGCUGCAAUUUCGCCCCCGGACAGGGAAGGCGGCCUCAGCCCCUCUCUUGCCAGAAGUGGAGACCUACCUCCAACUGCUUCUCGUCAUCUACUUGAUGAACAGCAAGCGAUACCCAGAGGCUCAGAAAGUGUCCGACGACCUGAUGCAGAAGAUCAGUUCCCAAAACCGCCGCGCCCUUGACCUGGUGGUGGCCAAAUGUUAUUACUACCACUCCCGCAUCUACGAAUUCCUGAAUAAACUCGACGUGGUCAGGAGCUUCCUGCAUGCCCGGCUACGGACGGCCACGCUGCGCCAUGAUGCAGAUGGGCAGGCCACCCUCCUGAACCUGCUGCUGAGGAACUAUCUCCACUACAACCUCUAUGACCAAGCAGAAAAACUCGUCUCCAAGUCCGUGUUUCCCGAGCAGGCCAACAACAACGAGUGGGCUCGGUACCUCUAUUACACAGGGCGCAUCAAGGCCAUCCAGCUGGAGUACUCGGAGGCACGGAGGACCAUGACAAACGCCCUGCGGAAGGCACCGCAGCACACGGCUGUCGGCUUCAAGCAGACGGUGCACAAGCUGCUCAUUGUGGUGGAACUGUUGCUCGGGGAGAUCCCGGACAGGCUCCAGUUCAGACAACCCUCUCUCAAGCGGUCGCUCAUGCCCUACUUCCUCCUGACUCAGGCCGUCAGGACCGGGAACCUGGCCAAGUUCAACCAAGUCCUCGAUCAGUUUGGAGACAAGUUCCAGGCCGAUGGCACUUACACCCUGAUCAUUCGGCUGAGGCACAAUGUCAUCAAGACGGGUGUCCGUAUGAUCAGCCUCUCCUAUUCUCGCAUCUCCCUGGCUGAUAUUGCCCAGAAGCUGCAGCUGGACAGUCCGGAGGAUGCGGAAUUCAUUGUCGCCAAGGCCAUCCGGGACGGUGUGAUAGAAGCCAGCAUUAACCACGAGAAGGGCUACGUCCAGUCAAAGGAAAUGAUCGACAUCUACUCCACCCGGGAGCCCCAGCUGGCGUUUCACCAGCGCAUCUCUUUCUGCCUCGACAUCCACAACAUGUCUGUCAAGGCUAUGAGGUUCCCACCCAAAUCUUACAACAAGGAUUUGGAAUCUGCAGAGGAGCGCCGGGAACGUGAGCAGCAAGACCUGGAGUUCGCAAAAGAGAUGGCAGAGGACGAUGAUGAUGGUUUUCCGUGACCCUCUGGCCUGGCUGUAUUUUUUUAUUUGUCCCUA